AUGGAAUUCAGGUUGGUUGACAGGUUAGUAUCCGAGGUCCACAAAGACUCUUUGCUCUACAAUGAUCACUGUAGCAAAGUCGCCUCGGUCAGUCGACUAACCGAUGAGAAGACAGGCUUGCAAGAGUGCGUGACCAUCGAUAGGGCAAAGAAUUGUCCUGAUAAUCUCACCACCCUUGAUGAGACUGAGUUGACCCUCCGUGUAGUCAGGGCAUUGCGCUUGGAACCCUUUGAGGCUCUACAAGAGAAGAACAGCUCCUUGACUGAGAGAGGUUGUCCAGGUGAUGCUGAUCCCGUCCACGCUGCGAAGCAUUUGUAUGCCAAUGAAGUUCUGCUUGGGACAGCUUGA